AUGUUUGGGCUUCGGCGGGCUAGAGCGAAUAUAGAUUGUCAUGAGAGAUCCCCAUUUCCAAGUCUAGCAGAGUCGAAAUCUACCUUCCUCCCCAUCCAGGAAAUUACUGAGAAUUGGAAUUUAAGCAGCAGAAGUAAGAUGUCAAGGUCUUACAUUGGUGGGAAAGUAGUGGACAGUGUCGAUUUUUUGCAGAAGAGGCAAUGGGCAUGGCGUUUGGAUUUGUGGCCGUUUGCUAUUAUUUAUGGUGUGUGGCUGGCGGCUAUAGUCCCUAGCUUGGAUGCUGGGGAUGCCUUUAUAGUUCUGGGCAGCCUUGUAGCUAUACACAUUCUCGUUUUCCUGUUCACUGUUUGGUCUGUGGACUUCAAAUGCUUUGUUCAAUACUCCAAGGUUAAUGAUAUACACCGCGCAGAUACAUGCAAAGUUACUCCAGCUAAAUUUUGUGGCUCUAAGGAAAUUGUUCCCCUUCACUUUCGGAAGUUGGCGGGUUCAUCAAAUUCAGUAGACGUGGAAGAGAUUUAUUUUGAUUUCAGGAAGCAAAGGUUCAUCUAUUCAAAAGAGAAAAAUACCUUUUGCAAACUUCCUUAUCCUUCAAAAGAAAAAAUUGGGUAUUAUAUAAAAAAUACUGGCUAUGGCACUGAAGCUAAAGUUGUUGCUGCUGCUGAGAAAUGGGGAAGGAAUGUAUUUGAAUAUCCUCAGCCGACAUUCUCAAAAUUGAUGAAAGAGCAAAUCAUGGAACCAUUUUUUGUAUUUCAGGUCUUCUGUGUGGGGCUAUGGUGCUUAGAUGAGUACUGGUAUUACAGUCUCUUCACCCUAUUCAUGUUGUUCAUGUUUGAGUCUACUAUGGCAAAAAGCCGUUUGAAGACCUUAACCGAGCUUAGACGCGUAAAAGUGGAUAGCCAGACUCUGAUGGUGUAUCGUUCUGGGAAGUGGGUGAAACUAUCAGGGACUGAACUUCUUCCUGGGGAUGUUGUCUCAAUUGGCCGUUCUACUAAUCAGAGUGGAGAAGACAACUCUGUACCUGCAGAUAUGCUUAUUUUAGCUGGGAGUGCUAUCGUUAAUGAAGCUAUUUUAACUGGCGAGUCAACCCCGCAAUGGAAGGUUUCCGUAAUGGGUAGAGGAAUUGAAGAGAAACUGUCACCUAGACGAGAUAAAGCAAAUGUUCUUUUUGGUGGUACAAAGAUAUUGCAGCACACACCGGAUAAGACAUUUCAUUUGAAAACCCCUGAUGGUGGCUGCCUAGCAGUUGUUCUACGAACUGGAUUUGAAACGAGUCAAGGGAAACUGAUGCGAACUAUACUAUUUUCUACCGAGAGAGUUACUGCUAACAGCUGGGAAAGUGGACUCUUUAUUUUGUUCCUUGUAGUAUUUGCUUUAAUAGCUGCUGGAUAUGUUCUUAAGAAGGGUCUAGAGGACCCAACAAGGAGUAAAUACAAGCUAUUUCUGAGUUGUUCAUUAAUCAUUACCUCUGUGAUUCCCCCUGAACUGCCAAUGGAGCUAUCAAUAGCUGUUAAUACGUCGUUGAUUGCACUAGCGCGUCGUGGGAUAUACUGUACGGAACCAUUUCGAAUUCCAUUUGCUGGGAAGGUUGAUAUAUGCUGUUUUGAUAAGACUGGAACAUUAACAUCUGAUGACAUGGAAUUUUCUGGAGUUGGCGGUUUGACGGCCAAUGAGGACCUAGAAACAGAUAUCUCUAAAUUGCCUACGCGUACUUUGGAAAUUCUUGCUUCUUGUCAUGCACUGGUUUUUGUGGACAACAAGCUGGUUGGUGAUCCUCUUGAGAAGGCUGCUUUGAAAGGUAUUGACUGGAGCUACAAAUCAGAUGAGAAGUCCAUGCCAAAGAAGGGAGGUGGGAAUGCUGUACAGAUUGUGCAGAGACACCACUUUGCUUCUCACUUAAAAAGAAUGGGAGUUGUCGUUCGCGUUCAGGAGCAAUUCUUUGCUUUUGUGAAGGGUGCGCCAGAAACUAUUCAGGAAAGACUUGUUGAUGUGCCAGCGUUCUACAUGAAGACCUACAAGAAGCACACACGUCAAGGAUCUCGUGUCCUGGCAUUGGCCUACAAGUCUCUUCCAGAGAUGACAGUUAGUGAAGCAAGAAGCUUAGAGAGAGAAGUGGUGGAAAGUGGUCUUACUUUUGCUGGUUUUGCGGUAUUCAAUUGUCCUAUCAGAGGAGAUUCAGCAACUAUUUUAUCUGAAUUAAAAGGGUCAUCACAUGACUUGGUCAUGAUUACUGGCGAUCAAGCUUUGACAGCUUGCCAUGUUGCUGGCCAAGUUAAUAUUAUUUCAAAACCAGCACUGAUUCUCGGCAAGGGAAAGAACAGUGAAGAGUAUGAGUGGGUGUCUCCUGACGAGACAGAUAUUAUCAAGUACAGUGAAAAUGAGGCUGAAGCUCUAUCAGAGUCAUAUGAUCUUUGUAUUGGAGGCGACUGCAUUGAAAUGUUGCAGCAAACUUCUGGUAUUCUUAAAGUGAUUCCAUAUGUAAAGGUAUUUGCUAGGGUGGCUCCUGAGCAAAAGGAACUCAUUAUGACCACUUUUAAAUCAGUGGGAAGGGUAACACUGAUGUGUGGUGAUGGAACAAAUGAUGUUGGAGCUUUGAAGCAGGCACAUAUAGGAGUAGCUCUACUCAAUGCAAUCCCCCCAGCUCAAAAGGAGAAAUCUUCCUCUGAAGCACCCUCUAAAAAUGAUUCUGCAAAAUCUGGUAAAACAAAGAAACUAAAAUCCAUAGUUGAAAAUGGAGAGGGUCCUUCAAAGAGCAGAGCUGUUUCAAGGUCAGAAUCUACUAGCAACCAAGCUGGUAACCGCCAUUUGACUGCUGCAGAGAUGCAACGGGAAAAGCUGAAGAAACUCAUGAACGAGCUAAAUGAAGAGGGUGAUGGNUCUACUCGCAUCCAUGCUGGUAACCGCCAUUUGACUGUUGCAGAGAUGCAACGGGAAAAGCUGAAGAUACUCAUGCUCGAGCUAAAUGAAGAGGGUGAUGGUCGAUCAGCUCCCAUUGUUAAGCUCGGGGAUGCCUCAAUGGCAUCACCAUUUACAGCAAAGCAUGCUUCGGUUGCCCCUACAACCGAUGUAAUCCGUCAAGGUCGAAGUACCCUAGUCACUACCCUACAGAUGUUCAAGAUUCUUGGACUCAAUUGCCUUGCAACUGCCUACGUCCUGAGUGUAAUGAAUUUGGACGGUGUGAAACUGGGCGAUGUUCAAGCUACAAUUAGUGGGGUUUUUACAGCUGCUUUCUUUCUGUUUAUCUCACAUGCUCGGCCCCUUCCUACCCUCUCAGCUGAACGGCCUCAUCCCAACAUCUUCUGCUCUUAUGUCUUCCUCUCUCUCCUAGGACAAUUUGCAGUUCACCUUUUCUUCUUAAUUUCUUCCGUGAAAGAGGCUGAAAAGUACAUGCCAGAUGAAUGUAUCGAACCGGACUCAAAUUUCCAUCCCAACCUUGUGAAUACAGUUUCAUACAUGGUGGGCAUGAUGCUACAGGUAGCCACUUUUGCUGUGAACUACAUGGGUCAUCCUUUCAAUCAGAGCAUCUCAGAAAACAAACCAUUUUUGUAUGCCCUUCUGGCUUCUGUUGGCUUUUUUACAGUUAUAACCUCCGAUUUAUUCAGGGAUUUGAAUGAUUGGUUGAAGUUAGUUCCUCUGCCAAGAGCCUUGAGAGAUAAGCUGAUGAUCUGGGCUUUGCUCAUGUUCCUUUGUUGCUACACGUGGGAAAGAUUGUUGAGAUGGGCCUUUCCUGGUAAGAUGCCCGCUUGGAGGAAGCAGCAACAGCAUGUUGCAGCAACCAUAGAAAAGAAGAAGAGUCUAUAA